AUGGAUCCCCAAGCUCCAGUGGUUGCGAACAGCACGAAGCCGCAACGGUUUCCGCUUCUAGAGACCGUCACUGAGAACAAGGGGUUGCUCUUGCUGCAAACUCGUAUGGUUCUGACCGCCAUCGCCAUCAUCUAUGUCGGCGCUCACGCAACCCUGCGCCGUCCUCCGUCAGCCGCACCCCGGACUUCCAACAAGUUCACCAAAAAUAAGGAUGGCAAAAAGAAAAAGAAGAAGAAGGAAGAAGCCCAGUUCAUUGAAGGUUUCCAGGCUUCUGACGCCAUCUUAUUCCCUAUACUUGCUGGCUUCACCCUCGUCGGUCUUUACUACCUCAUUCAGUGGAUGGACGAUCCCGAGUUCAUCAGCAAGAUAAUCAGCGGCUACUUCUCGAUUGCUUCGCUGUUCAGCCUUGGCAAGCUGCUCGGUGAUGUUAUGCACUUCACCACGAGCUUCGUCUUUCCAAACGUCUGGAAAGACGGCAAGGGCAACUUGUGGCGUUUCGAUUCGGUUCUGCAACGUCAGCUGGUACGAAUUGAGGAGACAACCGAGGAACGACCUGCCGCUCCCGCUGAUGGGGUAGCCUCAACCGACCUCAUCUCCGUGGAGCAGCGUGGCUUUUACCGUGACGAGUCUGGUAGCUGGCGUCCCGACGAAAAGCAUCUCAUGCCCUUCGCCGGCCCCCUCUCAACCCUGAGCUGUACGAAUUCGACCCGAAAUAAGCUCUGGACCGUGCGGCUCCUCGUCAAGGAGCACUGGACAGUCAAGCUGGGUCUGCAUGGAUUCGGCAAGACCGAGUUCCAACUAACUAUUUUCGACGUUCUGGGUCUUGUGGCUGCGGCCGCGUUCGCAGCCGCUUAUCAAUACACCGGCGCUACAGUGCUUUCUAACAUUAUGGGUCUGGGCAUGUGCUAUGGAGCUUUUCAGCUCAUGUCUCCCACUUCGUUCACAAUCGGGACCAUGGUACUUGCCGGUCUGUUUGUCUAUGAUAUCGUCAUGGUCUUUUACACGCCAUACAUGAUCACUGUGGCCACCAAAGUCGAUGCCCCUAUCAAGCUCACUUUUGGCGACCCCAAACGGGGAAGCAUGCUCGGGCUGGGCGAUAUAGUGCUUCCGGGAAUCUUCAUGUGUCUAUGUCUCCGCUUUGACCUCUGGCGCCACUACCAGGGCAGGAUUACAAAUACGAAGCAAAAUCUCGCGUCCGAGCUUGCGAACACCGAAAACAAGACUAUGACAGGAGACGGAGCUAAGAUUGUGGUCGACGAGAUUGGAACCAUCCAGACCAAGGCCGAGUACAUUGACCCUCAAGGACGCUGGGGUGACAUGCUCUGGACGACUGGACUGAAGAAAGCAAAGUUGACGGUCGGCCUGGCCUCUGCGCAGUUCGCCAAGACGUACUUUAUGGCCGCGGUCUGGGGCUAUGCGUUCGGCAUGGCGCUGACCAUCAGCAUGCUACUGACGUUCAACCAUGGGCAGCCUGCGUUGCUGUACCUGGUGCCGUGCGUCACCGGCGCUGCGUGGCUGACGGGCUUCGUCAGGGGAGAGGUGGCUGACAUGUGGCGAUACACGGAGGACGGAUCGUUGGACGUCAAGGAUGUCGUCGUCACAGUCGAUUCAGAUGGUAAAGUCAUUGAGGAGGCUCAAGCGAAGGGAGAGGCUGCAGACAAAUCUGCCUCGGGCAAUGCUAGUGAUUCGGCGGCGGAAGAGGAAGCAGCCAAGGUGGACCAUGAGAGCAAAGACAAGCAUAGUUCGCAGGAUGAGGCCAAGGCUCGAAGUCAUGAGGGGCACGAUGUCUUCAUGUUCAUCCUGAGGGCCCCAGGCGCUGAGGAGAUGGACGAUAUUGAUGUUUGA